GGAAAUGAGUUUUCCGAAUGAAGCCCAGUGAGUUUGGUCACACCCUUUGGCUUGUCUCGCCCCUCGGAGGAGGAUGAAUGUGCAUCCAGAGCGCCAUGUUGAACACACACAAGCCCAGCACUCUAACACUACCGUUCACAUCAACACACACGUCGACUACACCGUGUCUCAGAAAAUAAAGUUUCUAUCUCUCUCACACGAGUAGUGUGUACUUAUGCCGGGUGUUACCCCCGGUCAUCAUCGGCACAGGAGGUUUGGUAAUGGAGGAAUUCAUCGAGCUGGCUUCCUUCACUCUGUGGAAAUGGUUUUAACAGGCACAGAGUAACAGAGAAAACGUUCAAACGGAGAUUGUGUGUUCUAACUAUUACACAAGACUUCUUUUUCUUUUCUUUUUUUUUUUUUCCAAUUCUCAAGGAUUUGAACACUACACGCCACCAUGCCAAGCUCAACCAUUCGGAGACAGAUGAAAAAUGUGGUAAAUAACUAUUCAGAUCCAGAGAAGAAGGUCAGGGAAGCGACUUCCAAUGACCCAUGGGGCCCUUCCAGUUCUCUGAUGUCAGAGAUCGCUGACCUCACUUACAAUGUGGUGGCCUUUUCAGAGAUAAUGAGCAUGAUUUGGAAGAGGCUGAAUGACCACGGAAAGAACUGGCGGCAUGUGUACAAGGCCCUAACACUGCUGGACUACCUGAUCAAAACGGGCUCCGAGCGAGUGGCCCUGCAGUGCAAAGAGAACAUCUUUGCCAUACAGACGCUCAAAGAUUUCCAAUAUAUCGAUCGGGACAGCAAAGACCAGGGCAUCAACGUCAGGGAGAAGUCGAAGCAGCUGGUUGUGCUACUGAAGGAUGAUGACCGUCUGAAGGGCGAACGCUCUCAGGCCCUGAAGACUAAGGAGCGCAUGGCGCAGGUGGCCACCAGUGUGGGCAGCAACAAUCAGAUCAGCUUCGGCCGUGGCUCCAGCCAGCCCAACCUCUCCACCAGCUACUCAGAGGAGUAUGGCAAGUCUGAGGGCUCACCUGCAUCAUAUCAUGGAUCCACAUCUCCCAAUGCAUCUUCAGAGCUGGAGCAAGCCAGACCUCAGACGAGUGGAGAAGAGGAGCUACAGUUUCAACUGGCUCUUGCCAUGAGCCGAGAGGCCGCUGAGCAGGAGGAGAGGAUGCGUCGUGGAGAUGACCUACGACUGCAGAUGGCUCUGGAAGAAAGCCGCAAAGACUCCAGCACAGGGAAAAUAGCCAAGAAGAAGAAAGAGCCUCCACAGUCUUCUCUGAUGGAUUUGAUGGACUCUGUUCUGGAGGGCCCUGCCGAUCAAACCUCGGACCCUUGGGGAGCAGGUGCUGCAGCAGCAGGCCCCGCCUCAGACCCCUGGCAGUCCUACGGUGCAGCCCCUAAGCCAGCUGCUCCUGUAGAUCCCUGGGGUCUUCCCAGUGCCUCUUCAUCAGUUGCUCCUCUGAAAAGCAGUGACCCCUGGGGGUCGACCCCGGCUCCUGCAGCUGCUGAUCCCUGGUGCCCAGUACCUGCCACUCGCCCUAAAGCCCCUGCCACAGUGGGUAGCUUUGAUGUUUUCUCCACAACAAAUGGUACUUCCAGGGAGGACCUCUCUGAGUUUGACAGUCUUCGCUCCUCAGCUGUGACGGGUGAUGGUAGAGGAAGCUCCGCCUUGCCAUCGCAGGCCAGUUUGUCUGUAGGCUCUGAUCUGUUUGACGUACCGAGUGGCCCAACCAGAAAAACUCCAGAGUCUUUCCUUGGUCCCAAUGCCGCACUUGUCAACCUAGACUCUCUGGUCACCAAACCUCCCCAGCAGGCUCCAGUCUCCAACCCUUUCCUCGGUGGAGUCUCGGGAGCAGCUUCAGCUCCUGCAGCUCAGGUCAACCCCUUCCAGGUGAACCAGCCACAGCCACCCACCCUCAACCAGAUGAGAGUCAGUCCCAUGAUGGGCCUGAGCGGACAGAGCUUCAGCAUGGUCCAGAGAAGCAACGAGCCCUUGCCUCUGUCCUCAUUGCCCCCAGCGGGCCCCAUCUCAGUCGUACCCAUGGCCGGUAUGGCUCCUCUCGGGCCGGUGGGCCAGAUUCCAAACAUGGGGAUCCCAGCCUCCAUGUCCCUGCCCCAGCCGCUCAUGAGCGUAGGGCUGCCGCCCACAGGCGCAGCAACACAAGCCGCCGGCACAACCAACCCCUUCUUAUUGUGAGGAACAACAUUUGCCUCCCCGAAACACACAAUCUCUCUCUCUCUCUCAUCCCUGUUCCUAUGGCAUAGACAUCGUAGUCUAUUGUGUUCUGCCAAACCUGUGUGCUAUUUUGAGACUUUUGGGAGUAGCAGUGGUGUUUACAGGUUUUACACUGGCAGGAGAUUCCCUUCCUCUCCUGUAAGAAAUUGGUACCAUACGACGAUUUGGUAUUCUUUUCUAAAUUUCCUAAAAAGAAACCAUCAGCGAUACAGCGUCUAGGAGAUUUUUUUCCCGGGAGCAACCUUCCUGUUUUUAACUUUCUUUUUUUUUGAUGGCUACCUUUUCUUAUCAGAGGCUUGAAACUAGGAGUACUGGUUCCUCUUAAUUUUUCUAAUUUCUAGUCUUUGAAAGCAGCUUGCUAGAUAAAGCUAACCCUUUUAAUCGAAGCAGCCUGUACGUUCUACGCAGUGCAUAUACACUAUGUGUAUUUACAGUACGCUUAAGUAGACAGUUUAGAGGACUCUCUAUCAGUUUACAUGGAAAUGAUUUUGAUGUUCUAAGCAGGGAUUUUGCACAUGCUCUGGUUUAUCUGCUUUUGACUGUUGGCCUACCGUUAGUCCUUAGUGCGAGAAGCAAUGGGAAACCAUUCACUAAGACACGAGCAAAGCCGAGGACUAGGAGGGAGUCUGCGAACUGCAUGUGUGAAUGGUUUCAAACCUGAUGCAUUAAAAGAUGAACUUCAUACUGAAGUGGAGAGUUGUUCUUUCUUCCUCUUCUUUUGUAAUGCAUGGCGGGAUUGGUUUGCAUAUCAUAAUACAGCUUAACUUUUAUACCGAAGCCUGUUUUUUUUUUUACUGUUUCACAAUCCCGAGACGAUGUUUAUUGGGUGAAUGGGUUCUUUCGACUCAGUACGGCUCACUAUUUGCACAGCGCCAUAUUCGACAGCUAAUCCAUACUAAUGAUUAGUUUUCAUCCCCUUCUCUCGGAGUAUCCAACAAUCUGAAAUGUGAUCGUUUCAGUAACGUUUUUAUUUUUAAUAUAUGUCUACGCGCGAAUGGAAGGAGCAAAGGGAAACAGGAGGAAAUGAGUGUAUAUCUUCAUCAGGUCCUAAUGCAUCUUACUGUUAGAACUGACAGCUGUAUCACUAAUCCCUGCUUCCUAAUGCAAUCUGUUCAUGUACGUCGGGGGGGGGGGAAACAAGCGUGUAUCAGAGCUUGCCGUUAACAAAAUCUUCAGUUCUGUAUUCGAGGCGGCUAACUGGCUUAUAGUGUUACAAGAAUGAGUGGACAUGCUAAGACAGGUUAUAGUGUGGGAGGAGUCCUUUAUUUGUUUGUUGAAUAUGUGGUAUACAUGUAUGUUAGUGGUCAUACGCAUCUUUCUACAGCUAGAAACCUGUGGUUUAUUUGCAUUGUUCUGUAUUCAUGAAUUGAUUUUGGCCACGGUUUUAUCAUUAAAUGAGACUUAGACUAGACUAUAAAUAUAGUUUAUCAAUUAGCAGUCCGUUUAAAGCGAGAACGCCUAGACUUUGGUGUUUGGUGUGGCUUGCUGUGUCUACACUUUUUACUUCAACCAGUUAAGCACAAGAUGGCAGCGUUUGCCACCAAUAGUAGUUACCAAAGUGACCGUGCUUGUCCUUUUUAAAUGCAGAGCUGCGACCAUUUUUGAACUGACUACACAUUUCUCUCUCUCUCUCUCUCUUUAGUUUUUCCCCAGCUAUUAUCAUUAUUAUUCCUGCCUAUAUUUUUUUUUUUUGAUUAGGGUUAGAGAAUUGACUCUACGGUUUCUCUCAUCUGUGAGCUAGUGACCUCUGCUGGAAAUAUUUCAGUAGUACUGCUAUAGUGCAGUCUUGUAGCAGAGCCUGGGUGUUAUGGUCAAUAAUCUGCAGGCAUACUCAGGCAUUUUGGGGGGUGGGGGUGGCUAAGAAAGCUUUAAGAUGUAUGCAAUGCACUCUUGAUGGCCGUGAUGGUUAAGGCAGGCACUGAUUCUGCUAAACAAGACUCCCUGCUAGUGAACAUCACUGUAUUUGAUUAUGCAAGACUAGUUUUACUUUUGAAUCCAUAUGAUAUCUAACUCAUUCGUCUCGACCAUUUUCUUUGGCUGUUACCAUGUAUCACCUGUUCUUCUGUUAUUAUGUACUCAUUAUGCAUUUAUUGUGGAGGACUAACCAUGUGAACAUGCAUAACAACCUUUUAUUUUUCCAUAUUAUAGUGUCUGUGUAUUUACAAAACUGUCUCAUAUUACUGGGAGCAGGCUGCUUUUAUGGAUAUGUGCUCAACUUGUUGGCAUUAUGACUGUAUAAUAUAAUUUAUCAUCUGUUCUAUUGUAACAUAUUGUCGUGUAAUGGUUUUGUAGGAGAGUCACAGGAGGAGUGAGAUGUUUUAUUGCCAUCUAAACAGCAGCAAGUGAUAAAGGACCUGUAGCUGCAGCGGUAAAACAAAUAAAUUGUAUCAAUGACUUUUGAUCCGUCUAUUCAUGCUGUCAGUAAACACAGACAUCACAUCUUAUUGUGGCGCCAGAGCCAGUGUUAUUUUAGCAUCAUUAUGAUACUGUUUUUAUUAGGGCUGCGAAACGAUUAAUCCUGAAUCGCAUUCAAAAUAAAAGUUUGUUCACAUACUA